UGUCAGCUUCUUGUUGCGGGAAGCUAUACAGUUAGAUUCGAGCUGAGAGCAAUGGUGCGUGCGAUGAAGGCUUUAUUGAACUGGCCAAGAUGGCAUCAUCAUGUUUGUUCCCGCGCAGUAAUGAUUCGGUUUCUCCAUUCGCCGAUGCCGUUUUCUCCUGCUAGCUUCUGCCGUCGGCCGCCGUUUUCUUCGACUCCUUUGGCGUCUCGCCACCUCAGCUCCCGUCCCGGCGCCAUUAGACUGCGGGACGCUCCCGUACCGCCUGAGCCUUCCGAGAGCGGCAGCGAAUCCGAUACGCCGCUAAAGAAGAGCAGGAACGAGAAGAAGCGCGAAGCUCAGCGCGGUGUACGCUGGGGAAUGGAACUGGCUAAGUUCCAGCCUCCUCAAAUCAAACGUAUUCUCAGAGUUGCUGCACUUGAGCGAGAGGUUUACGAGGCAAUCAUGCUUGUUAAGAGAUUAGGUCGUGACGUCCGAGAAGGAAAACGCAGACAAUUCAACUAUAUAGGUAGACUGCUUCGGGAUGUAGAUCCUGAAUUGAUGGAUGGCUUAAUUGAGGCAACAAAAGAUGGUGACCAGAAUAAGUUUCAGGCUUUAUCUGGUUCAAUAACAUGGAGUACUGAAGAUGAAAAUGAUGAUGAAGUUGAUGAAACUGAGGACGAGGACGAGGAUGAGGAUGAGGAUGACGAUAAUGAAGAGAGUAUUGAAUUGGCUGAAAGAUGGUUUGAUGGCUUGAUCAAUAAGGACGUCGAGGUUAGCAAUGAAAUAUAUUCUCUGCGUGAGGUCGAGUUUGAUCGUCAGGAAUUGCGGAGCCUAGUCCGUAAAGUUCAAUCCAUCCAACGGCCAGAAGUCAGUGAAGAGGGAAAGGAAAGCGAAGUGGAUAUAACUUUUAUCAAUGCCAAAAAGUCCCUCACUCGUUUCCUUGUACGCAUAGCUAAGCAGCUUCCAGUUGAGUAGACAAUCCUCAUCGGGUACUAUUUACUGUUUUUGGCUCUGAUGAUAGACAUUACAUAAACAUUACUUGUGAGGGCAUUAUAUAGACAUGAUCAUUCAUUAUUAAUGAUUUAAAUGUCAUGAAGAUUGAAGAA